AUGGGCUGCACGUCGAGUAGAGACGCCUUCCAGCCAAUUCCGGAUAGCUACAACUCCGUCGAGGAAGUACAGAAAGCUCUGCGACAAGUUGGGCUGCAAUCGUCUGACCUGAUCAUCGCGGUGGACUUCACCGAAUCAAACCUGACCGUCAUCUCGGCAAUCACCCGCGUGUUUGAGCUGUUCGACGACGAUGAUUCUAUCCCGGCCUUUGGAUUUGGUGGCCACCCGGAGCGUCCACUUGAAGAGCGGUAUUUCCCCUUUGUGGAAGGCCGAGGUUGUGAAUUGGAUGAGGUUUUGCAGCGAUAUUUCGCGAUUGCUUCCACCAUGGAGCUUAAUGCCCAAGCCAGCUUCGUACCAGUAAUUCACGAGGCAAUCAAGAUGGUCAAGAAGACCCGACGGUACCACAUCUUGAUCAUUAUCUCCAACGGCCACAUCGACGACCCUGUCAUGGCUCGACAGGCUAUCGUCGAGGCAUCCGAGUUCCCAAUCUCGAUUAUCAUGGUCGGCGUGGGCGACGGUCCUUGGGCAAUAAUGAGAGAGUUCGACGACCAGCUCCCUGAGCGUCAUUUUGACAAUUUCCAAUUCGUGAACUACAACACCAUUCCUAGAGGCAAUCUCAACAACCCUGACGGAGGUUUUGCUAUGCAAGCACUCAUGGAGAUCCCAGAACAAUACAACCAAAUCCGCGACCUCGGAUUGAUCAAGAACUAA